AUUCAUUCGUCGGCUCUGCUCUGAUCCAGUCGGUCCCAGAGUCUAGAGUACGGCGUUGGGUACUUUGGAUUAGAGUUUGUAUUCAUGCCUUUACCUGGUUAUAAUGGCUUCCAUUGAAUCGAUUUAUCAUCAAUGAAAGUGUUUUCAUGUGCUGAUUAGACUGAAUCAUUGCUUGCUUGAUCGAAUAGUCUCGACUCUCAAGUGGGUAUUGAAUUGGAGCUUGAAGCACAUUCCUAGAAGACUGGCGUCCCUUAUUUGUGCCUCGAACAUUAUCGAGGUUUUAAUGAUUCCCCAGGUUAUUGACGGAUGGAUCCAUAAAUCAGGAAUAUAACAACUGAGUUUACCAACUGUUGUGGUCUGUACCUUCCCUGGAAACAAUAGACGCGUCACUCAUGUCACUGGUAUAAGACAGCGAGAAUACUCACCGAAGAGUUGUUUGUCAGAUGGUGCAGAAAUGAGGAUACUUAAAGCGACCUUAGCGUCCAACUCAACGAUGUAGAGACGGCCUUCACCAUUUCGAUCUCCAACUGCAGAUUGACCAAGUCUUCCUACCAUUCUGGCUGAAAUAGACCGAUUUCUGAUGCUGGACCAUUGACAGUCCUUGGGUAUAGCUCGAGAUGACCAACAUUAUACUCAACAUAUCGAUGCUACCAGUGCUUUAGAUUUGCCCCCUCCUCCUCCCCCCAUCUUAACUCUGAGCCUCGACUGGUAGCGGCAUCAACAAGAAGCAACCCCCUGAUCGUCAAAGACUUCAUCCUCCUCCUCAUCGUCCAGGUCUGAUGAUUAUCCGAGAUGGCGCGCUGGUUUCGACGUCGUCGCAGUACCGUGGUAGCGGUGUUCCUGACCGUGUGCGCCUCCGUCUUUCUCCUUGCUCGUGUACAUAACGACAUCGGUGACUUCCACAAUGAACCGGUAGAGGAGCACCGGGGUAUCGUGGUUCGGGAGGAGCAGAGGCAUGGAGAGUAUGGCCGAAAGCGGUUGCAGGCUAUUCCUGACGAUCUUCUGUCCCAGGACGAAACUCCAUCGGUCGUGUUCAGGUCGGAGAAGAUGCCUCGAAAACCUUCCUUCUUGGUCUACGUGUAUGACCUUCCUACAAAGUUCAACACCAACCUGUCCAAAUGUGUGCAGUACGGUGACCCCUGCUUCAAGUUUGAUGACUACGGAAUGGGUCCAGAGCUGAGGGCGACAGAGAAGAUGAGUUACAGAGAGACCUACGGUCACUCGCUGGAGGUCGUCCUUCACGAAAAGCUGAAGGCGAGUUAUCACAGGACGUUUAAUCCGAAUGAAGCAGACGCUUUUUAUAUUCCCUUCUAUGCUAGCAUUGCUUGUUUGUGUAGGACGUACAGUCGGUUAGAUGUUUUGAAGCUUCAUAAUGAACUGUGGACGUUUUUAAACAACGCAUUGCCGUAUUUCAAUAAUGGCAACACCCUGAGACCUCACUUUAUGGCGCUGGGUCGGAUGGAACGGGAGCACUGGGGAAGCAACUGUCCACUGCUCCGCGACGAGGCAAGAACAUCCGCCAUCACCUUCAUUGGUAUCGAGCAGGAGCCGAGCGAAAAGACCCGUCGGUACUUCCAUCGCGACGGCAAACAGAUGAUCAUCGCUCCGUUCCCAAGCUACGGGCAUUUCAACUCUAAGGACACUUCCGCCCUGGUGUCCAGUGUCCGACUGCGUCAGCAGAUCAACGUCUUCCCGCCAGACAUCCGUGAAACAGAACGCGAUGUGUUCAUGCUUCUCGCUGCGAGCAGUAGGAAGGGACACGACGUACGAAGUAUGCUCAAACGCAGGAUGAGUGCCACAGGGGAUCGCUACUCGCAGUACGCAUCUCUUGCAAGCCUCAAGGACAUGCAAGCAGUCUGGUUCAACACACCAGAAUGUCACCAGGACAUCCAUCUUCCUAUCAUUGACUGGAUGCGGCACUCCAUCUUCUGUCUCCAGCCACCGGGCUACUCCAAUAUCCGCAAGUCUUUCUAUGAUUCAAUCAUGAGUGGUUGUAUACCAGUCACUUUCCGAUCCAAACGUAGCCAUGUCAUAUAUCCAUUUGAGAGGACGCUCGACUAUCGGCGCUUCACUGUGAAUAUCCCAAUAGACGAAGUCUUAUCGGGGAAGACAAAUGUUACCAAUAUUUUGAAGGGCAUCACCAAGUGGAAGAUUGCCGAACUUCAGACGGAACUUGCCGAAGUAGCGCCGAAGUUUCAGUAUUCAUACCCGCCCAUAAGGGGCCCCGAUUAUGAUGCAUUUGCCGCGAUCAUCGAAGAAAUGAACAAAAUUGCCGAGUAAAAACUAUAUAUCGGCAAACAUUAACUGGCGAUUUGAUUGGCGUUGUUGCAAUAUUAAAUGAUGCGCAGAAGUAUGUGCACAAAAGUACUUUUGUUUGAAGUGUGUACAAAGUGACGACUCUUUAAUACAUUGUAAAUGUAUCAUAUAUAUGUCGCAAAAGAUAUUGAAGAUGCAUUGUUUCCACUGGAGGACUUAUCUUUUGCAUCUCUAUUCAAGCUUUUUAAAGUGCCAACCCUUGAAUUGUCUGCUGCCUCAUCGUUGUUUUCACCAUCAUGUUACAAUGAGGAGUUUGAGAUUUUGAUGUGAUUUUGUAUUUCUCGAAAGGAGUUAUACAUACCUCUUUGGCCAAUGCACUGAUAGAGGGGAAAAGUACGAGGACGAUUAGGUCUUCUUUCGGAGCUCUUGAUUCGUGUGUAGACAAUCAAUAACUUUUUCAUGGAAGAUAUGGUCAUGCUCGUUGUAUACUCAAAGUUUUGAACAAAAACUAUUCUUGCCAGGGAAGAUAUGUAAACAUUCAGUCAGUGAAGACGCGGAAUGAUUGUUUUGAACACUUUGUCCAAAAAUAGUAAUCAAAGAGUUGAAGUGCAUGGUGGGAGGUUAAUUGCUUUAAAAUACCGUAUGGGCGGUAAAGGAAUUGCUUAUAAUUAGAUAAUUCGACAGGUUUUACCUUCAGCCUUCAAUGUUAAUUCCCUAAGUUAAUUGGUAAUGAGACAUCCUAAAGAUUUCAUUUUGGUGGAUAACGGAUGGGUUGAAACGGUCACCCAAUUGAUAAACUAAUACUAUACUUAAACAUGAAAAAAGUCUCUAAAUAGCUGAAAAGUGUUGUAUUCUACUGCAACAAAUUUCCUAUCCUACUCAGAGAGCAUCCAGAGAGCUGACGGGAUUUCCGGGAAUUCAAUUUUUGGGAAUUAUCCCACCCCUUAUGACAUUCCUGGAACUACCCCUGCUGUGUCAUAUUCUUUGAAAUUAAGACAGUUAUAAUUAUUUCAAUUUAAUAAACAGAUGUUGAAUGGGCCUAUCACGCUUUGACAAUCUCUCGGAACAUCUCGACUGAGUAAUAAUUUUAUGAUUAACCAAGUUUUCUAUAUGUGUUCUUCUGGGAUGUGUCCUCUCACCCCCAUGUAUCCUGAAAAUGUGUUUUGAAGUUUUUGAAGGAAAUUAAUUUCACGUGAAAUCAAACAGCGACGGUACAAAUUGUAAAAAUGCAUCACAAUCAUACAUAUCAACGUAAACAUAAUUCAUCAUCGUCAACAUCAUUAUCAUCACCAUCAUUAUCAUUGUCAUCAGCGUUUUCAUUACAAUCAUUACCGUCGUCAUUAUGAUUUCGACCACAAUAACAAUUACGUUCGUCAUCAUCACUAAUAGUUAAACAGUUCUUUAUACAAUGAUGAUUGAUAGAGUUUAUGAACUGCUUUUAGUUUGAAAGCUACAUGCUUCGGAAUAAUCCUUUCUUGACAAAUAUGUUUGACUUGUGUUUGUGAAUAAAGAAGAUUUAUUUAUUUUAUACAUUACA